AGUUGCUUGGGAUGGUCCAGGAAAUGCGCUAUAUAUAGUUUUGUUGUGGCCAUAUGCACAGCUAUAUUCGUCGCAUGCAUGAUUCUGAGUGUUUAUUUCACGUAUAAAGAGAGCAGGGACAUAAUGAUUGUGGUUCUGAUUGUGGGAUCUUGUCUACUUUAUCUUUUGGGCUUUACUAGUAAUAUGUAUAGUAUUUACUACUGCAGACCCAGCAAUAUGCCAUCAGGAAAUGGCGGCAGUUCUAAUCAGAUAAAUCAGACAAUGAGUGCUUCAAAUUCUUCCACAAUUGCACAACCUCCAGACGUUGCAUGCAUUCCCCAUGUCAGACAGCUUCCUAGAAAAACACCCCCACCUCCAUAUGAAAUCCAGAUGUCAAAAAUGUCCCCCAUGCUGCUUCCAGGUACUUCUCAAACUACAGAAUCAUCGACAAGAGAAUUGGAAAUCGCCGCAGAAGCUCGAAAAUUGAUAAAAAAGAUGUAUGAAGAAAUCAUGAGGACUGACCAACAGAUGCCACAAUCCCAUAGCGAAGAGCAAUCUGAACAACAGGUUAGGCAGUUGCUUAAGUCUCCAAUGAGACAGCAGGAUCCAUUGUUGCAACAUGCUUCAUCUCUAAACCUGGUAGUCCAGAGACAGCAAGCAGAUGCAAGAAUCAUUCCUGCUUGUGGGAAGACACUUGUUGAUUCCAGUACAAAUCAAAUCAUUCAACAGAAAACCCUUUUGUACUCCCCUCCACCUCAACUUGAUUUGGAAAGAGUGACCAUCGGCAGAGAAGGUCGAAUUGUUGAUCCUCCUCAGAAUUCACCUCAGAAUGAAGACUUAUUAAAAAAUUCCCGCAAAAAAAAGUUGUGGAAUCCGUCAAAGGUAAUGCAGACGAGGUCAAAUAUUAAAGGAAGCACCACACCUGUUGUGGGUGAUGGUAGUGAUUCUGAAAAUAGAACAUAUGAAGAAAUUGAAGAUGUAAAAAGUAGUCAGAGUAUAAACUCGUGUCAAGCGGCGUAUGAUUCGAUUGAAUACUACUGUCUUGAGAGGGAGUUUGAAAAUCCGUCUGGGCAGGUAUCUUCUGUUUCUUCAGCUGUUUCUGAACCAGGUCCAGCAGGUCUGAAGAGAAAGUUUCGGAAUCCAAGAGUGAAAAUACGCCGUCAGCUGUCGGCGCCAUCUACAAGAAAAUUUCGCCAUCUGGGCCAAUCCCCAGAAACUGUCUUGGAGGCAAUUGCAACAUGCUAUGAUUUAACUCCUGAUGAAUGGAUGGUAGCUUGGAAAUUAGGCCAGAAAGGUGUUGCACCCAGAGAAAGAGCAAAACUUCUCGGUGUACGUUUGCAUAAGGAUUAAUAUGACGAUGAUAAUUGAAGGCCAAUAUUAAUUUCAGAAAUUAACUUAGAUUUAUAUAUAUGACAUAAAGGAAUAAAUGUGACAAUAGCAAUUAUUUGUGAAAUUGUAUUGUCUUAUCAUUGUGACAAAAGCUCUUACAUAUUAAUAAAACUAUUUAGAAAUUUUGGUGA